AAACACUUAAACAAGAAAUCGUUCAUUCAAAGUCCCACAAAACUCCACCCCAAAUCCAUUCCUCAGGUACUCCAUCCAUCCUGUCACGGGUCUGACAGCUGUCAGUCACAGUGUGGAGCUGUUGGACAUACAUUAUAUGUGAUGUAUAGAGUGGUCUGUCUGCUUCUGUUUGUCUCUCAGGUGCCGUCAGAGAAGAUCCUCCGGGCAGGUAAAGUGUUACGAAACACCAUCCUGUCCCGAGCGCCUCAAAUUAUCAGAGACAGGAAGUACCACCUUAAAACAUACAGGCAGUGCUGCAUGGGCACGGAGCUCGUUGAUUGGCUGAUGCAGCACACUUCCUGUGUUCACUCUCGUGUUCAGGCUGUAGGGAUGUGGCAGGUGCUGCUGGAGGAGGGCGUCCUGAACCACGUGGACCAGGAGCUGAGUUUCCAAGAUAAGUCUUUUUAUCGUUUCCUGGAGGAUGAGGCGGAGGACGCAGCCCUGCCCACUGAAGAAGAGAAGAAAGACGAUGAGGAACUACAGGACACCCUCCUGCUCCUCUCUCAGAUCGGACCUGACGCCCAUCUGCGAAUGAUCCUCAGUAAACAGCCUGGCCAGAGGACUGUAGAUGACCUGGAGAUCAUUUAUGAGGAGCUGCUGCAUAUUAAAGCCUUAUCACAUCUGUCCACGACUGUGAAGAGGGAACUCGCUGGUGUUCUGAUAUUCGAGUCCCACGCCAAAGCAGGCACAGUGUUGUUUAAUCAAGGGGAGGAGGGCACGUCAUGGUACAUCAUCCUGAAGGGCUCCGUCAACGUGGUGAUCUAUGGAAAGGGUGUAGUUUGCACGUUACACGAGGGAGAUGACUUCGGGAAGCUGGCUCUGGUGAACGACGCACCUCGGGCAGCGUCGAUCGUACUGAGAGAAGACAACUGCCACUUCCUGAGAGUGGAUAAAGAAGACUUCAACAGGAUCCUCAGGGAUGUGGAAGCGAACACGGUCCGUCUGAAGGAACAUGAGGAGGAUGUGUUAGUUUUGGAGAAAACUAGCAACAGGGGCUCCAGUUCCUCUCCUCUCAAGUAUACUGUGAUGUCAGGGACCCCGGAGAAGAUUCUGGAGCAUCUUCUGGAGACGAUGAAACUCGACUCCCAGUUCACUGAGUCAGAUCCCGCUCUAGAUGACUUUUUGCUUAUGCACUGUGUGUUUGUCCCAAACAGUCAGCUGUGUCCUCUUCUCAUGGCCCACUAUCAUGCUCAGCCGUCUCAGGGCAGCGACCAGGAGCGGAUGGAUUACUCUCUCAAUAACAAGCGCCGGGUGAUUCGUCUGGUCUUACAGUGGGCCUCCAUCAACACAGACCACCUGCAGGAGGAGGACAGCUCUUUCAGCUUCCUCCAGGAGUUUUAUGAGGCGGUGUGUGAAGACUCCAGACUCCUUCUAGCUCUGAAAGACCAGCUGCCCGAACUAGAGAAGAUCAUCAAGCAGAACUGUGAUGAAGGCCGGCCCUCUCAGAAAAAGCACAAAGUCCUGCUUCGUCAGUUCAGCACAGGGAACGACAGACUGCAGAAGAGACAGCCAAUCAAAAGCACGGACGAGAUCCUGUUUAAGGUGUACUGCGGUGAUCAUACCUACUCCACGAUCCGAGUGCCUGUCGCUGCGUCUGUCAGAGAGGUCAUCAGCGCCGUUACCGAUAAACUGAGCUCAGGAGACGACCUUCUGCUCAUCCACCUCAACUCAGCCGGGGAUAAAGAGCUUCUAAAGCCAUCCGAUGUGUCCAUCUUCUCAUCGCUGACCAUUAAUGGCCGUCUGUUUGUCUGCCCGAGGGACCAGAUCGACUCUUUGACUCCGCUGCCGGAGCAGGAAGGGCCGUCUGCGGGCUCCAUGACCACGUUUGAGCUCGCAGGCUCCAAAGAUCUGGCUCAUCAGAUGACUCUCUACGACUGGGAGCUCUUCGACUGUGUACACGAGAGCGAGCUGAUCUACCACACGUUUGGCCGUCAGCACUUCAAGAAGACCACGGCUAAUCUGGAUCUGUUCCUGCGGCGCUUUAAUGAGGUUCAGCUGUGGGUGGUCACCGAGGUUUGUUUGUGUCCCGCGCUCGGCAAACGCGUCCAACUGCUCAAGAAGUUCAUCAAGAUCGCUGCGCACUGCAAAGAGUUUAAGAAUUUGAACUCGUUCUUUGCCAUUAUCAUGGGCCUGGGAAACCCUGCGGUCUGUCGACUCGGUCAGACAUGGGAGAAACUGCCCAGCAAGUUCAAGAAGUUUUAUGGAGAGUUUGAAAACCUGAUGGAUCCCUCCAGAAAUCACCGAGCGUAUCGACUUACAGUGGCCAAGUUAGAACCACCGAUCAUUCCCUUCAUGCCUUUAUUAAUUAAAGAGAAUGAUUGCAAACACGGUGAGAAUCAUGAGAUACUGCCGGAGCCAGCCAUUCAGUAA